AUGGAGGAAGAAGAAAGACAUAAACCUGCGCUCCAAGAGCCUCGUGGAGCACGCGCGUUCAGGAUCUUGAAUAUCCCGUCCCAAGCCGAAGAACACGAUGUCAAAUGGGCAGUCUCUACAGCCUACCACAAGGCUAUCGCAGAAAAUGGAUCACGCCGUAAACCAGCAGACGACGAUGAGGCCACGAGACUCUUGAGCGUCUCGAUUACCCUUCACAAGAGAGACGACUCUAGUGGCCGUCUUAUGCCAUUUGGCUCACUUCUUGUUCCAGACUGGGGUGGCCUCUUCUCUUGGUACACCAAACAAAACCACAUCUAUGUUCCAUUUUAUCCGGACUGGAACGACAGGGAGACAGUUGAGCAUCAAGCUCUCGUGUUCCAAGUUGACCGCAAAAGAAGAUGGACGGCUGCCGACAUCAGCAACCUGAAGACGAUGCCAUGGCAUGACCCCAGGUUGGAAAAGGAGCACAACGACCGUCUCGAAAAACUUCGACACAGCUGUCAAGUGUCUGAGAUCGCCUUCGGUUUCGACCACUGGCACAUUAAGAACAAGACGCCCAUGCAUCGAUUCUGCGUAGAAUGGUGCGCGAAGUUCUCCGGAACUAUUCAUUCUAGGGCAGAUUUAGAGUUCCAAGAUGCAAUCAAUACGGUGGUCGUAUCAUACGGAAACCCGCAGGAAUUUACACGCUCGUUCAUUAAACUGCGGUAUGAAAACAUCAGAUCAAUUACCGUCAAGGAUCUCACUCUCAUCAUAUCUCUGUAUACUGCGCCCAUCCUGGAACACGGUGCAAUGAGGCAUAAUGAGCAGAGCUACGACAACGCUACUCCUAGAACUCGUCUCAUCGGAUUAAACGAGCAGCACAAACGGGUGAUCUCGAUUUGCCCAAAAAAAUUACGCGUCUCGCUCUACUCCUCCGGCAUACUUAGCAUCUUCAAACAAAUGGCACAGGUCGUCGGUCUUCCUUUCCUGAAACCGUCUGUUUAUCUUGACAAUGAUGACGGAUUGGGAUCACUGUGGCACCGGGGGAAACGUACGAAGAUCAACCCAGGAGACUACCUCGACUGGCUCAGUGAUCGCGCUAUGAAGGAAUUAGACGAUAAAUGGUUGGCCCGGUUUCCACUCCGAGUUUCUUUUCAAGUCGCCGCACUUUUGAAGAACGGUCUUCUGAACCCGAUUGAUAUCGAGACAAUGUGUUCAAUCGUGCACAGGAUACUCAAGACAAGCCAACGGUCUGAACAACAGAUUUCUGACCUUUUAUAUCACUUCUCCCAAUCGAUCCCCGCAUGGACGUUUCAGGAACUUACGACAAAGACACUAGAGGAGCGCUUCGCAGCAUUUCAGAACGAAUUCUGGAAACGAAAGACCGACUUUUCGAAAGACCUCCCUCCGGGUUGGUAUUGGGCGUGCUCAGUUACGAUAACGCCUACGACCAUGAGACUAGAGGGGCCCCAUCACGGCCAGUCCAAUGGAGUAAUCCGACGGCACGUCACUUCCCCCCCCAAUUUACAAGAAACUCACGACGUUUUUCUGUUCAGAUAUGUCGAACACUCAGAACACUUCCUCAGAGUCAACUUUACAGACGAAGAGCGUUUACAAAUACGAUGGGAUCGUGACGUGGACGGAACCUCAUUCGUCAGGGAGCGAGUGGGCAAUUUCCUAAAGAACGGCUUUGACAUUGGUGGCCGACACUUUGACUUUCUCGCAUACAGCAAUUCUGGUCUCAGAGAGCACUCAAUGUGGUUUGUUGCGCCAUUUCGGGACCGCUACAACAACCAGGUCAAUGCAGAGAUUAUUCGAAACCUUAUCAUGGACAUUGAACUGCAGAAAGGUGGCGAUACCGCGGAGUUCAAGUUGGAGAAACAACCUGCCAAAUUCGGUGCCCGACUCGCACAGGCGUUCUCGACCACCGAACCUGCUAUCGAGCUCAAAGAAGAUGAAGUGGAAAUCAAGGAGGACAUUAUGGUGGAUCCAAAGUUUACUAAGUCUGAUGGACCAAAGACGGCCACAGAGUUUACAGACGGCUAUGGAUGCAUGUCUCUUGCCGUUCGAGACGAGAUAUGGAGGGCUCUUAACCCGGGGGUGAACCCAUUGCCCAUCCCUGCGCCGGCGGUUCGACUGGGGGGCGCAAAAGGCGUACUUGGAAUUAAUCCCACUCUCGAGGGACGAAAGGUCGUCCUUCACAGGUCUAUGGUCAAGUUCAAGAGCAAAGACUACGGAUUGCACAUUGCAUUCAAGUUUGAUCACCCACUCAAACUCUUUUUGAACAGACCGCUUAUUGCUAUUCUGGAGCACCUUGGCGUCCAGAUUGACUGGUUCAAGCGUCUCCUCGUCAAUGCACAGAGUAAAAUGAACAGCACACUCCUUAGCAUCGAUGAGGGCGCCGCCGAGUUUUUUGAAUCAAGACGGCUUGGCCUGCCAUUUGACCUCCCGCGUAUCCUACGGAGUCUGGAGAAGUAUGAGGUCACGCGUGUAAAGCUCCAGGAAUACGAUCAUCCAUUCAACGACUUUUGGUUGCGUUGUCUGGAUGUUGCAAAGGCGCACAUUGACCGCGAACUCAAGUACAAGGCGCGCAUUCCUGUACCUUUUGGCUGCUCGCUCGUUGGCGUGCCCGAUGUACAUAUGGAACUGGAGGCCGACGAGGUUUAUAUUUGCAAACAGGAGCGCGACAGGGAACCUAAAUGGUUCCCAGAAAAGCCAGGAUACGUUUACAUCACGCGCAGCCCCUCGAUUCAUCCAGGAGACGUCCAAAAAUUCAAGGCCAAACACCCACCAAGGGGCUCGGUUUACUACAACCAUCCGGUUGUCAACGCAGUCGUAUUCUCUUGUAAAGGGGCUCGACCUCCAGCCAGUAUGCUUGGGGGAGGCGAUGUAGACGGUGACUUGUUCCAAAUCAUUCCGGAGAAACCCGACUUCAAGCUAGAAGUCGGACCGCCAGCAUCGUAUGAAGUGGAAGAUACACUGACCCUGGAACGCCCUACGACUAUCGAAGACAUUGCCGACUUUGUGGUAGAGUACAUUAACUCUGACAAGAUGGGCCUCGUGGCCAUCCAGCAUCUCAUACUGGCUGAUCAAUCAAACUCGGGUUUGCAUGACCCAAAGUGCCUUAAACUGGCCGAGUUACACUCGAAGGCUGUCGACUUUGCAAAAUCAGGCAAACCUGUCUCAUUCCAGGAUCUCCCAAAGCGUUAUUUUCCGUAUACUCCUGAUUUUCAGCACAAGGAAACCAGGUUCGAUGAUCAGACAAGCUACUACGAGUCACCCAAGGCGCUCGGCGUACUCUACAGAAUGAUUAAACACAUUCGCGAGGUACCAGAACGCGACAAAAUUGUUUAUGACCCAACCUUUGACCCUGUCGAGCACCCGAUCACUCACGCACUCCUCUUCAUCGGCAGACCAUAUUGCCCCUCGAUUCAAGAUGCCUUGGUACACAAGGAGCGAGUCAUGCGUACAUUUUACGAAUAUGCUCGGGAGCUGAAGAGCAUACGCAGAAUAUACACGAUCGGUCGUACCCCGUUGACAGAGGAAGAAGUAGUCAUGGGGACUAUCCUCCAAGCGUCUUCGCAAACCAAGCGACGAGACGACAUGGCCUCCAAAGUACGCGACGUUGCGGGUAUGCUCGUCGACCAAGUCCGUCACGCAUUCCAGGGUUGCCGUGAGGAUCCGCUUCGAGACUGGUUCGCUCGCGCACUCUGUGCUUGGUAUUGCUCAAUGUUGCACUCUACUGGGUACAAUGAGAGCAAGAGAGCCGAUGAGCAGGAUUGGCGCACGGCGCAGUGCAGCUUUGGCAUGGUGGCACUUAGGAGUGCAUUCGAAGCGUUUGAUGUGCUCACCAAGCGUCGACCAGAUUUGCGACGAAGUCGUGAGGCAUCUUAG